AUGGCGGUAACUGCAUCAAUGAACCGUCGUCGAUCGGAAACCCCUAGUAUGAACGGGGAUGCUGAGGCGGACUAUGUGUUAGCAGAGCAGGAACUGGGUAAACUCCAUCGGGAAUAUCGCAUCCUCAAGAACCAAAGAAGGGCUUAUCUUGAAGAGUCGCAAAACAUCAUCCGUAAACAGAAUGGUCAUAUCGAAUCCUUGAAAAAUGAGCGUUCGGAGAUGGAUACGGACCUGCGUCUUGCUAAGAGUACCAGGGUUUGUGGAAAGGAUGUCAUUGAUGAAGGGCUAAUGAAAACACUCCUGCAGAAUUACAUCGAGUAUAAAACACUCUGCGUCAAUGAGAAGGAGGAGAUCCGUGUAUUGGAUAAACAGACACGAGUGAUAGGAGAAGCCAUGAGAAAGUAUCGUAUGGAGACUAAAGGCCGAUCGGAGAUGAAUCGCUACCAACUUAUUACCACCAAGCGAACCAGAGUCAUGGAAAACAGACUAUACCGAUCCACAGUGACUUUCAACAAGGCACUCCGAAAGAACAGUGACCUACGAGAGAGAAUCGAAGAACUGAGACGGGAACGGAGAUUGUACGAUGCUCUCUACCGAAAGAUGUGCUCUGACCAAAAUGACCUCAAGGUCGAGAUGAAUGAAAUCAUCCAACAAUCUACAUCAGCGUACGAUUCAAGAGAUGAAGCCCACAACAAAAUGGCAGCUCUUCGUGAGAGGCUCGAAAAGGAUCAGAAUAUGUUCAACAUCGAGGUCAAAGGUCUUCAGCGAAUCGUGGACCAUGAAGAGAAGCUGAAAGCCUUCAUGAAUGUCAAGGCUCAGGAUAGGACUGAACAACUCAAGGCCACUAAUGAAGAGGUUCAAAGAAGAAAACUAAAGCAUGGACAGGUAGAUUCAGAGGAGACAAACCUCCAUACCUUGGAGCUGUCUUUCAUUCGGCUCCGAUCAGCAACGGGUGAAGCCGACCUCGAUAAACUCGUCCGCCGUUUCAUCUACCGAGAAGGACUCAAUUUCGCUCUCUUCAACUAUGUCAACGAGAUCAACGAUGACAUCGAACUUCUCCAAGAAGAGAUAAAGAAAAUCGAGAAUGAUAUGAAGGGUUUCAAGAGUCAAGGGAUGGCAUUGGAAGGAGAGAGGCUGAACAUAAUGAAACAAUUGGAGGCGAAUGCUAAUUCUGUCAGCAAGUCAGCUAACCGUUUCGAAGGAAACGUGAAGAAGGUUUCAAAGCGACUCCAUCGCUUAAUGUCUGCAGUGGCGAGCACUGUCCGAAAACUGGGCUGCGACCAAACGGGAGUCAUGAAGCGUCUAGGAGCUAGGGAUGGUAUUACUGAGUUCGAUGCCAUGGCCUACCUAGGACUCAUUGAACAAACCAUGAAUGAUCUGUUGCUAAUCGACAAAUGCAGAGAACACAAGAGAUCGAUUGUACCUAAAGCUGAAGAUAAACCAGGUGGCAACCAACAAGAAGGUCCAAAGGCAGCAGGAAGUGUGAUCAUGCCAAGACGCAUACCCGUUCCGACUGUCGAGGUCACUAUCAACCCUCCAACAAUCAGAGAUGAAAUGGAUGUCAGCGAGUAUUCCUCAUCCGCCGAGGUUCUAAACACAAGUGACCAACCUCUGACCCUCGAACAGGUUAAAGGGAAGGUUACUCGAAGACUGCAGCGUCUUGAAGCUCAGAGGAUCAAGAGCGGUGGCAAACCAAUACAACCAAAGCCCACACAGAAGUCGACAACCGAGUCGCCGCAGAAUGGAGCAUCAGCGUAA